AUGAUAAGAUUCACUUCCAGAUUCAGGUUCGGAGCAAGAGCAAACCCAUACAUUAAGGCUUAGAAAACACUCAAGGUUGACGGAAAGGAGUAUAAAUUCUUUAGUUUACCAGCUUUGGGAGAUUCUAAAUUAAAUCAUUUACCAUAUUCGAUCAGAGUGUUGUUGGAAUCAGCAGUGCGUAAUUGUGAUGAGUUUGCAGUGACAUCGAAGGAUGUUUAGAAUAUCUUGAAUUGGGAGACAAAUGCUCCAAAAUAGAUAGAGAUUCCAUUCAAGCCAGCACGUGUCAUUUUACAAGAUUUUACAGGAGUGCCAGCAGUAGUAGAUUUGGCUGCAAUGAGAGAUGCAAUGAAGAGACUAGGUGGAGACCCUUAAAAGAUUAAUCCAUUGUGCCCAGUUGACUUGGUGAUUGAUCACUCAGUUCAAGCAGAUGUAUCAAGAGUACCAAGAGCAUAUGAAGAGAAUGAGAAAAUUGAAUUCAGUCGUAACUAUGAGCGUUUCGAAUUCUUGAAAUGGGGAUCAACAGCCUUCAAGAACUUCUUGAUUGUUCCACCUGGAUCAGGAAUUGUUCAUUAAGUGAACUUGGAAUAUUUGGCAAGAGUUGUCAUGGAAGAAUAAGGAUAUUUAUUCCCAGACUCAGUCGUAGGAACAGAUUCACACACCACAAUGAUUAAUGGUUUAGGAGUGACAGGAUGGGGAGUUGGUGGAAUUGAAGCUGAAGCUGUAAUGCUUGGGAUAAACAAUAUCAAUGGUCUUACCAGAAGUCGUUGGUUUCAGAUUACAUGGAAAAUUACCAGCAAAUGUCACAGCCACAGAUCUAGUCCUUACAUGCACAUAAAUGUUAAGAAAGAGAGGUGUCGUUGGUAAAUUCGUAGAAUUCUUUGGACCAGGAGUUGA